AUGAGUCUUUUUAUUCUGGAUGAUAUGAUUGUCGACGAGUCCAAUGACAACAUGGAGAAUAAGCGCGUUAAAAUCACUACUGCAUGCGACAUUUGCAGAAGAAGAAAAGUUAAAUGUGAUGGCGCUUCUCCAUGUACCAAUUGUCAACGAGGAGGCUACCAAUGUGUCUUCUCUGACGCAUCGACUAAACGUCCCCGAGGACCACCAAAAGGUUUUGUUGCACUCAUAGAAGAUAGAUUACAUACUAUAGAGUCGCUUCUGGUCAAUCUUGUAAAUAAAGACACGAGCGACACCAAAGAGAUCAAACGUGAACAUGAUCCACCACCAUCCGACGACAAAUCCGACCACCAACGCUUCUCCUCAUUCAAAAUACGUCAUUACUCUCCUCCAUCCGUCUCUUCCGAUGCUCAACCAGUAUUUCUUCCCAAACCCUCUCCGGCUGAUCCAAAUCAUACCAAAUCUUUUGGUGAUGACCUCCCCGAAGAAGACGAAGAGGCAUUACAAAGGUCAAUCAAAUCAUUGAAUAUUUUAAAUUCAACUGCGUUUCUCCUCGGGAAUCCUACAUAUAAAUCGCGCGAACCGGCGUUACCAAACAGUUUCCCUUCUGUGCCUCAACCACCACAAGAGGUGGUCAAGCAAUUGUUGGAAAAGUAUUUUACGCAUUUUCAUAUGCACACGCCUAUAGUCAACAGAGCUCAAUUGUACAGCCAGUUAUUAAGCACAGAUAACCCCGUGUCGCCUUUGCUACUUAACGCUUUGUGUGCUGUUGGAGCCAUGUUUCCUCCCAUUUUGCAGGAUUUGUAUACUCCCACGGUUUUUUAUGAGCGAGCAAGAAGUUUAUUGGAUAGCUUUAUAGAUACACCGCGUCUGUCAACAGUCCAAGCUUUGAUACUGCUUUGCAUGGUAGACCAAUGCAAAACAGUGUCCUAUCGCCAACAAACUUACAUUUCCAUGGCAAUACGCAUGGCCCAAUCGCUCGGUCUCCACAAGCGCAACAGUCCAGCGUACCAGGGCAAGUACUGUCAAACGAAAAAACUAAUCUGGUGGGCUUGUUACGCGCUCGAUCGUCUAUCCAGCAUGGCCACGGGUGACCCGUUGCUAAUCUCUGACGAACUAUGUGACAUUGAUCUGCCUUCGCCAGACGAGAUGGAAAACCAAGAAGGAAACGUCCAAAAAAUGACUCACACUAAUGCUAGCAUUCAGCUAGUAACGAUAUUUCUGCAUAUGGUGAAACUGACGCAAUUAAUGGGCCAGAUAAUCGAGUAUUCACAGACGAUGGCGGCUAUGGGACUGGCCGCUUCUUGGGCACAUCAUAAUACGGUCGCGUGUUUAGAGGCGGCACUACUGAAUUGGACUAAAGAGUUACCGCAUCAGUUACAGUUCCCUCCUACUCCGCAUAAUACGCCUUUUUCUGGACAUAGCGCUGCGUUGUUUAUGCAUUAUCAUGCGUUACAAGUGAUGUUGUUUUAUCCCUACAUUUUAUCGGCCGGCUCGCAAGGACCUAAUAUGCGAUUUAACAAGACUUAUAUUAAGGCUCUGAGUAUAUGCAUCACUGCUGCACAAAACAUUACAAAUAUCGGAGGAACCCUAAACAACGUCUACGUUAGCACCGCCUUUCCAUCAAUAUUCCACUGCCUAGCGCAAGCGACCAAAGUCCACAUUCUCAACCUGUCCGCUUCUAAGCGAGGCCUGCUCCUUCCUGCAUACAAAAACAUUUGUAGAACAAUCUUCAUAUAUAGGUUCUAUGCAGAACACGGUGUCAUGACUGAACUCGCAAAUCAAAUGGUAAAGGCUCUCGAACACAUCCUUCAUACCAAUCGCGAACGUGUCGCUCACAGUGAUGACAAAGUCUCAUCUACGGUGACAAAACUUCACUUGACGCACCCGCUGGCCGUAGAGGACAAGAACCCAUCAGAAAAUCCAGGGACGAUUCCGACACCGGUAUGCUGUCCAUAUUCACCUCCAGUAUCGACGCAAUCAAGUAGUCCCACUGCCGGCGAUCUAGCAACACGGACGCAAAAUAUCUAUAUACAGUCGCAAGAUUCUCCGAUCCAAUCAGUCAUGAACGUAAACAAUAACCAAGAUAAAGCUUUCAUGCCGAUAGACGUCUCUAAUCAAUUCUCGUCGGAAUUCUUCUCGCCUGGCGUGAUAACCGUACCGACCACAUCAGACAUUUCCUCGACCGACCCACAAUUUUGGAACGUUGGAAUGAACCUCAUGAACUUUGACGAGACUUUUGAUACCGCAUCGGCGGCGACACCGACCACGGUGACAAACAAUCUGGCAACAAUGACACCGCCACAAAAUUAUUCUCCUUACCAACAUCAAAAUGCAUCCACACCAGCUUCAAUGGCAUCUCCUGUGUCAUCUUCAGACUUUAAAGACAGAAUUCUGUCGACUCAUUCACCGUUAAGUUCUCUCGAAAACGAUACAGAUUGCGAGAACUCUUUAACGGAUGAUGUUGCAAAUGUCGGGACACGCCAUCAGCAAAGGUAUGUCUUGUGUGAUGGACUUGCUGGAGUUUUUAGUGAUAGUGAAGACUCGUGGUUGGGUGUUAGUGGUGCAUUAAUGCACAACUUGUCGGUGGCUUCUUGA